GACCGGGGCGUCACGGCAAAAACGGCCCCGGCCGACCGGCUCCGGCACGCAGCAAGGCUUGAAUAGCGUAGGAGGAAAGUACAGAUGUCUAGAUGUCUCAACAAUGGCCUCCAAUGUACCACCCACAGCCCGAUAGUGUAGGAGACGAGGCGACCGCGACGAAGUGGGGCGCAGAUGGUGAAGUGUAACACGCAUCGCUUGGCAACCUGGUAGCUUCAGGGUAAGAAAGAUGCUCUCCCACUCCGUCAUCAACAACACGGUGAAGACCCGAGGGCAGUUAGGUGGGGUUGGGUGGGAUAACUGUCCCUUGGAUGGCACCCUUAUGCGUAAUGAAAAGGGUUGUCGAUCAAUUGAGUUGGAGACCUUAAAGAGCGGUGGGAACAAUAUGGCGCACGGGCGGAGGGGCCGAAGGCGAUGUUGAGGGUCGUCGGUCGUGUAUUGGCGCUCGUGGAAGUUCGCGAUGUUCAUUGAUGGUUGCGUAUUGAAGGGCGGAGGCGGGAAGCGGGAGGGCAAGUCGGUCCAGACACGGGAAAGAAGCCAGGGAUUUGGCGGCUGGGACAUGUGUUUUGGGGCCAAAUAGAACGUGGCAAUGGAGGGGGGAAGACAAGCAUCAUGGUCGUCGCUUGUGUUUCCUGUGGUGUAUUGUGGUGUACGUGCUUCGCCUGCCCUCCGGGAUUGAAGAUGUAAACCCCCAUCAAGAUGGACGUUGUUGUUGGCAUUUGGAUGUGGCUCGUGACUCUUGACUCUACGGAACUGACUCAACUUAGGAAGGCACGCAUUUACGUUCUCGCCUUCCCGCUCCGAGAUGGCUGCGAUGCAAGGAAAUCAAGGCAGGCACUCCGAAGGCAGACACCUUCUCUUGAAGCCGGAGUGGGAAGGCACGGCUUCGUCUUCUUAACCGCACCUACAAGAACUCUGCGCUUGGAAGUGAUCAUGCUCCUCCUUUUCACUAUUUCGUAUCCUUCCGUGUGUUGUUGCUUCCAUUCCUUUGAGAGAUGACUUUCGGGAACCACCUGCAUCAACAGAAUCACUAUUGCCA